AUGAAGUCAACACAGAUAUACAUCCUAGCAAGCUUGACGUCUCUAGCCUGCUCCCAACUCAUCGCUCUGCCCUUGUCCUUCAAGAGGCUGACCCCGCACUCGCUCUGGAACCGCCCAGAGCAGCAGCCCAUCAUGGACGCCGUGAGCCCUGCUCUGCCGCCCGGCCAGGGCAAUCCAGGCUCUGGUGGUGGACAAGGAAGCGUCAUACUGUCUGAUGUGAUGGGCCGAGAUAGGAGUAUCAACAUCUUCGCUGGGUUCACACGCGACAUCGAAUCAAUCUCACGGCGGCUCGACAAUUCUGCCCAAAACUCGACUGUCCUUGCGCCGCUGAACUCGGCCAUCGAGAACCUUCCGAGAAAGCCGUGGGAGGACCCGGCAGACUACGACACCUUGGGUGCCGAUGCCUACGAGGGCGAGGACGGACAGGAGAGGGCGCAACGGAACAUCCGACGCUUUGUCGAGGCGCAUAUCGUUCCCUCAAGCCCUUGGCCAAAGAAUGAAAAGGUCAAGCCCAUAGGAAGCAACACACAAGCUUGGUGGGAGGAGAAGGAUGGUGUUCGCAUGAUUCAACCUGGAAACAUAGAGGUGGUCAGCAUCGCUAGCACUGUCGCGAAUGGAGAAGUGUGGAUAAUCAAGGGCGUUCGCAACUACUGA